UAUUACAGUAUGUUGUUGCAGUGUUGGUAUUACAAUGUUCUGUUUUACGGUAUUUGUGUUUCAGUAUUUUGUUGGACAUUCAACGGCUAUGGUUAUUCAGUGCCAAGAUGGGGAAUAGUAUUACAAUGAAUCUUAAAGCAAUAGGCUGUAAAUAUGUGGAUUGGAUGGUUGUGGUGAUCAAUAGUGUCCAGUUGUCGCCUGUUGUGAACAUGAUAAUGAACCUUUUGGUUUCGUAGGAAGCAGGUAAUUUAUUAACUAGCUGAACAGUUAUCAGCUUCUAAAUAAAGAUUCUGUUCUGUGCGUUUUGAUAGGUAAAAAUAAAAAAAAAUAAUAAUAAUAAGAAAUGAAUUGGGUUGAGUUGACUUAGUUUAGCAAACACUGCCCAAAUCUUAUUGUCUUAAAAUUUUGUAUGCAUUUCUCAUUUUUCUGAUGGAUGCUACAUAUCAAGCCAUCUCACUUCUUGAUUUGAUUACCCUAAUAAAAUUUAAUGAGUAAAGUUACAAAUCUCCUUUUAAUGUAAUUCUCUCUCCUUCCUGUCUCUCAAGUUGAAAUAUUCCGCUUGGUGCACAUAUGCAGUUCGUGCUUUUGCCCUCCUGAUCCAAUUGCUUAAAAAUGCACUUAAUUCAGCUUUUGUUCCUAGCCUUAAUGUUGCAGAAACCUAAUGGUGGUUUAUGAGGGAUAUGGAAUUUUUUUUGCCAAUUUUAAGGUCUUGCCCUUGUCUUUUCCGUGGAGGAAUUUAAAAAAACAUUGGUUGAGAUUUGAAGUUCUCAAGUGUUGAAUAUGAAGGUGGCUGCCUUCUGGGAUAUUGCAAUCUAUAGAAGGUUUGGUACUGACAUUUCAGAGGGGCUUACUGCCUUGAUCAUUGCCCUAAUGGUGAAGGUUUUUCAGGAAGCAUGCUGCUCCAUUGAGUUAGGUGGUUGUAAGACUGAAGCUCAGAUAAUUCUUUGAAACCUUGCAUAUUGGCGAGUCGGAUUAUGCAAGGAUACUGUGACAUGUUAUACUACAGUAUUGAAAAUUUAAGGAUACAGUCAACUCAUUUUUUGCAGAUGGGAUAUGUACAUUAGUGAUAAUUUUUUAAAAUGAGAAUUUGGAUACUUUGUUUUUUUACUUGUUCUUUGCCUGGAAGAUUUUAACAAUUUUAAUAAUGGCAAGUGGAAGAUUGCUGCUGUUGUACAAGUUACCGUUUUUAAUCACAGGGAUUUUUUCAUUGGAGAUUGUGUUAAGAAAGAAAAUACUCUUUCACAAUAUGCUGGAGCUUAAUAAAAUAAUAGGUUAAGUAGGACUGUUAAAGAUUGUUGUUCGUGCAUUAAAAUGGCGUUCAUCUUCUGCAUUCUCUAUGUCCGACCUGCUUGCAGUAAGCCAUGUUGAAAUUUCCGCCGUGGCCAUGAAGUUCACCUGUUUACCGUUCUUUUCUCUAUGGAGCUACGGGCCAGAGGCCUUGUCAUUCAGAAUCCUGCUGUCAAGCGUUGUGGUUAUGUGUGUUGCGUUUGUGUUCAGUGUAAGAACGCCUGUCAAGUGAGCUGCUUUAAAUAAAAAUAGUACAAUUAGCAAAUGAUAAAUUAGUUUGUGUAUUCUGUAACAUGUUUUAUAUGGGAUUAACCUUCAAAUAUCCGUGGUAUCUGCAGUAGAGCUGACAGCGUUUAUUAAUUGUUCUGAUUCAUGAAAACACGCUUGGACACGAUCCUGAGAGACUUUACAUCCACACAGAAUGUCAGAGCGAUGCCAAGUUUGGACUCUGAGCCCGCGUCCUGAUUAUUGAUAUUGGAACGCACUGAAGAAGGCAGAUUUUCUCACUUUUCAGGUAUGAGGGGCUUGGACCGGCUGACAGUAGAAUGGGCAAUUCCACCUCGCAGGCUCUUCACAGGCGCGCUGAGAACCAACAGUCCUGGACCAACUCUUACCCGCGAGACUCUCGGGCCGUCCGGAGCGUGAAGGCGCCCCAGAAUAAGGUCCUCCCGGAGCGUAUUCCGGGCCAACGGCUCCGGGUCACUGACAAUGGAGCCAUCCUCCAGAACGGUGGCACAAUCAGCGGUCGGCGUCAAACCAUUUCUCUCGGAGAAACCUUCAGCAAACAUGGUCAGAGUACACAAGAUGGCGCGGGACGUGUGUACCGGACGCGUAGCACGUCUACGCAUCAGCACCCUCGCCAGUCACAUCCCAACGGGAACGGCGAUAUACUGGGAAAACGAUUUGGGAGCGAACCAGACUUGAGGUUCCCGCACUCGAACCAUAUCGACAGUCCCGCCAAGCAGCGUAUCUCCAGGUCCCGGAAGAAGUACAAGGCUCCGGCACCACCUCCAGAGUCACAUGGUCCAGACAGCUCCUCACCAGAUUCAUGCCAUUGGGACACGCUUGAUCCACCUGCCAGGCGUGCCAGACUAUUCAAGACUCGUGCUGAGACAAAGAAGACUGCCAAUGCUGCUAAUAGACGUAUGCUUGAACAAGAGCAUGUUGGUAGCACCGCUGCCUCGCCACUAUCGCUGCCUCCAUCUAUCCAGCGGAGCCUGUCAUCCCCUGAGUUUCAGGCAGAAUUGCUUCAAGCUACACGGAGGCUGCGUUCAGGGCCACCUGCGGUAGCGUUACGGGAAGCACCUGUUGGAGAGGCUGCUGUGAGAGGAGAAUGCUCAAGCAGAGAGUCCCUCAUACGGCCAGAGCCACCCCUGCCGCGUCGGAAUGCGGACGCUGCCCCUCGGUUGCCACCCCGCAAAAAACAGGAACCUAGGAAGAACCAUAGAGCACACUGGGAAAUCAUUCCGCCAGUGGCCACCUCACAGCAAGAAAGGUGCCAUGGUGUGCCCGUUAAGACAUUUUACUUCGGCAUGGAGCAGGGUGAGCACGAGGCAGUGGACCGGUUUGCGGCGAGCUUGCGGGUGCCGCCUGUGCCCUGCAGUUUAUCCAGCGAAGAGCCCGAAGAGGAGCCCAGCAGCGGUAUUGCGCUACAGCUGAGGCCGACACUGCCAAAGAAACAGCUCGAGAUACCCAGAUUCUCCCCGACGGCUGCUUGGCGUCUGCUGUCUGCACUGGAUGCCAACCAGCUUGGCACUGCAUCGCCAGCCCACACAGAGGAAGGAUCCAUCUUGUUGGAGGAGCGUAUUCAGAGGCUGUCCCGCCCAGUAGCUCCAUUGCCCCCACAGCAGGUUUUGCAGCAGCAGGCUCCACGAAGUAGCCACGACAAGUCCGGAGACUCCGGUAUUUCUGGGGAUGCAAGUCCGGGUGGCAUCCAUGAGGACUCCUCUGAAGCACCUGUACCAUUAGGCAGGAAGCCAGUGCCCCAGGCCGGGCCCGCACGGCCCCUCGUGAUGGCUUGGACUCCACAGCAGGACCUGGAGGAAGAAGAUGAAUCCAGUUCCGAUGGGGGGGUGGAGGUGCCCCCUGCCACUAGCUCUGGUGUUGUGCAACCCAAGUUCUCCCCACGGUCUCAUGUUUUCUCCCUGUCUCUGCCCCGAGAUGACAGGCUCUGUUUGUCACUGUAUGCUGAUGGUGUUGAUGUUAUUUCUCCCAAGCUGCGAGAUCAGCGGGAUGUCCAACCCUCCUUCAACAGCCUUCAGAAGCUGCGUCACUCAGUAUCUGGAGUCCUUGGGUCAGCACUGGGUGGCAUCACUGCAGAGAGCCCCACAAGGGGAGAGCCUCUUGAUGAAAACUGGCUUCUAAGCCGCAGUGUCCCCAACUCUCUGCAUCUAGAAACCACUUGGGGGGGUCGUACUAGCAGCCCUUCAUCUCCUGACCAGGACGUUCGGCCCUCUUUCUCAUACCUUGCAUCAGGAGGCCAUGUCAUGUACCUUCCUGAGUAUGAAAGCCAGUGCCAGACUGCUCCUGAAGAGCUGAUGUCAUUUGGCAGAGGGAGGUCGUACAGUGCGGGUGUGACUGCUAGGAACCUCAGGAUGACAGUUCCACUGUCAAAGUCAUGUGACAAUAUAUCUGCAGCUUCAGAGAUGCGACAGCUUGGUCGGACUCCUUCUCCUGACCGAAAUAACGAAGUGGAGGUACCGCCAACAGCGCCUCUGCCCGACAAGAAAAGCAAGGGCAAGCGUUUCACUUUCCAGAGCACAGUGAGACAAAUCGAGCGCCGUAGACUGGCCGAGAAGCUUUCCAGGGAGGCUGAACUUAAGGAGAGACAACGUUUGGGAGAGUUAGAGGCAAUGCGCAGAGUGGAAGAAGAAUUCCAGAGGAAGAGAGCACGUGAAAAAGCCAGUAUCCGCCAGCAACUCCGCCUCUUUAGCCUGGAUGAGAACAUGUACUCUUCACUGCCAGCGGGUUGGGGGGAUAUGAGAGUCGAUCCGGAUGGAGCUCCUUCAUCAACGCCGUCACCAGCAUCUGGGGCAUCAUCUGGACCUUCAAGAGCAGGCAAGGCAUCAAGACAGGCUGCUUCCACGCAGGUGCUCUCAGAGUUCCAUCAGCCUAGCAGAGAAUACAGGGAUUAUCGGCAGUGCAGGUAUGUUGACUCGGGGUCUGAGUUGUUCAUGCCACAUGUAGACUCAAAGCGCAACACUGUGCAUCACCCAGAGGUGGUGUAUGACAUGCCAAAGAGCACGCAGGUGUACGUGGCACCUCAUCACCAUGGCGACACAGAGGUGUCUACUCCUUGCUCCUCCUCAUCUGACAACUACCGCAGGGACUUUGCCCACGGCGCUCGACCGGGACGUUCCCUGGCUAGUUCCGACUCGGAGCUCUCCCAGCCUGCCGCGAGGCCAGCGUCUCGACACCAGCAUCUUAGCAGAUUGGCUAGUCCUGUUUCCGGUGGCCAGAGCACUCAUUCGAGUCUGGAAGAGAUUGCUGGAACUGAUGAAAUAUCAUGCGAAGAUGGCAGAACGGCUCAACCUCAGCCAGUACAGGCGUUGCCACUGAGCCGACCCAGCCUCUCAACUCUUCAGCCAUUCGCCCGAAAUAACAAGGGUUACCGACCCAUUGUGUUCACCCCUGGGGCUGUCUUGCUCCAGAAUGUUGCUCAAACUGUUAGCUAGGACAACGGACUAUCACUUAAGUUUUAAAGAACAUGCGAGUGUCAGCGUGAGUGGAAUGAGAGUGCGGCGCCUUCCGUCUUCCACGUCGCCACGUUCGGGUGUUUGAGUGCACCAGAAAUCAACAGGAUUCUUAAAUUGUGUGUUGUGUACGGAGUUGCCAACCGUUGAUUGAUUACAGUAUACGUUUUUUGUUACCAGGCAAUUGGUAGCUGUUCAUCUUGUUUACAAGAUUCCGUGCAUAAUCUCAAAAAUGUUCGGUCACUGGUAUAAGUUACGAUGCCCCCCUUGUGUUCUCUUAUUUUGGAAAUUUGUAUAUUGAAUUGCAUUCCCUUAUUACACUAGACUUGAAAUUAUUGUAUUUUUAGAAAUUGGAGAAAUACGUCUCUUAUAAUUUAUGAAGGAUAUGUGUUUAUAGGCAUUUUAACUGUUGGCAGCCCUUAUUACAUAGUAUUUAUUGCAAUUAACAUUUAUUGUCCAUGUGACGCAGCUUGUACUUUAUCCGUCUGUCCGUGUGUGGCACCGUCACUUUCAUCAUUAAUCCAUUACUGGGCAUGGCGGGAACGGACGGGUGGAUGUCGUAUGAAAAUUAAUUUCUUCGUCUCGCAGGAUGGACACUCUGAGGUAUUUGCCAAGAAAAGGUUCGUUUAUUUUGACACAUUUAAGUUCAUUCCCGAAAAAGAAACUGCUAUACAUUUCCAUUGGUUUCGAUGAAAGUUUGGUGAUCUGUAUCAUCAAUUUGUACGUUAGAGGAUAUUAAUGUAUAUUUGUUAUUUUUAUAUUUUAUUCUAUUGUAAUAUUUGUACUUACAGUUAUAGGCAUAAAGUUUUUGGUAUGAAAAACAUCUGAUUAUUUAUCAGAAUGUUUUAGGCAAUACUCAUUUUGUGCCAAUGAACCUACAGGAGAAUCAUAAGACGGCGAUCGUUCGGACACGCGCAAUGUCGAGACAAAAUAAAGUUGGAAUGAUAUUCCUUGUUAAAUGUUAGAGAGCUUAGUGUUCUUCUUUAGUUCAGUUUAAAAUUAAGAUAUUUUCUAAACGAAUUAUCUGCGACUGUUUUAACAAGUAAAAUUCUGUGCAUUUUUCACGUCUGCCUGUCUUUAGUCGCUGUAACACUGAUGAUUACAGCGUAACGUUUGUUCAGAUUGUUUUCAUGUGUCGUUACGAUCGUGGGUUAUCAUUCUCCUCUUUUAUUGCCAGUUGCAGGAGGCACUGGAGUUUUAAUCCUGAACAGUGCGAGUUUCUCAGGGUUUGGGUUUAUUAACAAAUGACUUAUCGUGUACUGUGCAAUAAUAUUGCUGUAAAAUCUAAUAGGAAAGUGUUUUAUUAUUGCAUUUAGGAAGGGAGAAUUUUAUAAAUAAUAUUUGUCAUUACUAAAUAUAAAAUUAAUAUUAAUAUAAAGUAUUUGUAAAGAUGAGUCCUGUAAAUAUAAAUGGCUCUGGGA